AUGGGUACUAUGUCAUCAAAUUUCACACUGAAGAUGAUAGAAAUGAGGUACUACUCUGGACCCUAUACCAUUAACAAUCGUCUUAUAAUCCUUAAACCUUGGUCCAUGGAUUUCGACUUCAAUGCUGAAUUCCCUACACAAAUCCCUUUAUGGGUGAAGUUCCCUCACUUACCUAUGUCAUACUGGGGCAAGGACUCACUUAGCAGAGUAGCUAGCUUGAUUGGAGUUCCAAUUUAUGCGGACGAGUGCACAACAAAACAGACCCGUAUCACCUAUGCUCGAAUGUUGGUUGAAGUGAAUAUUACUCAAACUCUCCCGGAUGAGGUUAUAGUCCUGGGACCAGCAGCUCCAAUACCAGUUCAGGUGACCAGAACAUUGCUAAUCAAGGGCAAGCUAAUGCAAGCAAGCAGCAACCUAGUGUGGGAACUCAGCAGCCUACUGUCCAGCAGCAAAAAGAGUGUACUAACCAGCAAAAAAAAGUGUAUUGUCCAACAGAAGACUCAAGCCCAACCUACUGGGAUUAAUGACAAAAGGGAUCAGCCAGGACCUACACUUGACUUGACAAAUUUUCCUGAACUAGGAACAGCUGUUGCCAAGAAGAAAAAUGGUGGAGUACAAUGCGAUUCAAGUGGGAAUUCCCAGCCCCCUCCAAGCAAAGGGGGAGGUGAUUUCAACGCUGUUCUUCAUCCAUCUGAUAGAUUAUUUGGUGCAUCAAUUACGGCUACUGAACUGAAGGAUUUUAAUGACUGUGUUCAACAAUUGAACAUUACCGAAUUGUCGUGGAGAGGGGAAUACUACACUUGGUCAAACAAACAGUUGGGUACUGACCGAAUAUGUAGCAGAAUUGAUAGGCUUUUUGGUAAUGUUGAUUGGAUGAUGAAAUGGGGUCAUGUAACCACAGAUUAUGAUUUACCCCAUGUCUCUGACCAUGCUCCAAUGCUGCUAAAUAUACAAGAAGUCCAGUGGAGUAUUAAAACUCCAUUUAGAUUUUUCAAUAUAUGGGCAGGUCAUGACUCCUUUCUCCGCAUAGUAAAAAUAGUAUGGGACAAGAAGUUAGACUCGAAUAAGAUGGGCAAUGUAUGGAAGAAGCUUAAAACUCUAAGAGGAGAACUGAGGAAGCUGAAUGAGCAGGAAUUCAAAUUUCUCUCUCAAAAAAUUGCUCACACCAGAAUGGAAUUACUAUCUACACAAGACCAGAUCAAUAAUCAGUGCAAUGAUACCCUCCUGGCCAAAGAAAAACAGUAUCUACAUGAUCUAGAACGAUGGUCUCUCAUCGAAGAGAGUGCAAUACAACAAAAAGCUAGAGCCCAUUGGAUCAGAUUGGUAGAUGGAAAUAAUAAAUAUUUUUCAGCUAUGAUCAAGGAAAUGACUCACAAAAAACAGCUCCUAGAAUUAACCUCCUUAUCAGGCAUCAAAUUGACUACACCCGCAGCUAUAAAGAAGGAGAUAACAGAGUUCUAUAAGUCCCUCAUGGGCACUGCCAGCCAAGCCCUUCCUGCAGUAAAUAUAGAGACAAUGAGGAAAGGCCCAGUCUUGUCACAUGCCCAGGGAAUUGAGUUAUGUAAAGAGAUCACUGAGGUAGAAAUCUGGACAGCACUACAAUCCAUAAAUGAUGACAAAUCUCCAGGAGUAGAUGGAUACAAUGCAUUCUUUUUCAAGAAGUCUUGGAAUAUAAUAAAAACAGAAAUAGUUGCUCCCAUCAGUGAUUUUUUUCGCACUGGACAGAUGCAUAGAGCUAUUAAUUGUACCCUUCUCACCCUUGUUCCAAAAACUCCUAACCCCGCGAACAUCAAGGAAUAUAGACCUAUUGCCUGUUGCUCUGUUCUGUACAAGAUUAUUGCUAAGAUCCUGGAUUCUAGGCUGCAGAAGGUCAUGACUACAAUCAUCAAUGAAGCCCAAUUUGGUUUUAUCCCCAGAAGAAAGAUAGCUGAUAAUAUUAUCCUAGCCAACAAACAGGUAAGAGCUUAUUCUAGGAAACCUAUCUCAGCAAGGGGGGAUCUAGCCUCUGUCUCUGCUAUUUUUGACAAAUUCCAAAGCUUCUCACUAGCUUCAGGAUUACAAGCAAACAGAGGCAAAAGUAGUUUGUAUUUUGGAGGGGUAACAGAGGUGGUGAAGAAUGCAAUCAAACAGCAACUUGGCUUUGGUGUUGGUGAACUACCUUUUAAAUAUCUCGGUAUCCCCUUUUCCACAAAAACAUUAUCUACACUCCAGUGGUCCCCACUUAUCGAUAAGAUGGUAGCUAGAAUCUCUUCAUGGACAGCGAAGAAACUUUCUUAUGCUGGUCGGGUUCAAUUAGUCCAAUCAGUAUUUUUUGGUAUCCAAUCUUACUGGUCUCAGAUGUUUGUGAUUCCUUCAAAGGUCCUUAAAGUCAUUGAUGCUUUUUGCCGGAGUUACAUAUGGUCAGGCACUAACACUAUCACAAAGCGGGCUUUAAUAGCUUGGGACAGGAUGUGCUUACCUAUCUCUGCUGGUGGCCUCAAUCUCAUCAAUGUACAGAUUUGGAAUAAGGCAUCAAUUGCAAAACCCUAUUGGGACUUGGCUCGCAAAUCUGACAAGCUUUGGAUCCGGUGGAUUCAUAGCUAUUACCUCAAGGGAGAACAACUAGCUACUGCCCUCAUUCCUAAGCAGACUUCGUGGAUGGUACGGAAGAUCAUAGACUCAAGAAGCAUAUUGGAGCAGCAUCUCGUAAUGGAUGAACAGAACUUGACCAUCAGAAAGUUAUAUUUAGCUAUGGUAGGAGACAGGACAAGAAUGGAAUGGAAAGACCUGAUGUUUAAUAAUGGUGCUCGACUUAAAGCAAAAUUUACCCUCUGGUUGCAACUACAAAACAGGCUACCCACUACAGAUAGACUGCAAAAAUGGGGACUGGCCGUCGAUUGGAAGUGUAAACUCUGCAAUGUCUACAUGGAAACGCGGGAUCAUUUAUAUGUUUAG